CAGAGUGAGCAAGAUGGGUCACCAGCAACUCUACUGGAGCCAUCCAAGGAAAUUCGGCCAGGGUUCUCGUUCUUGCCAUGUCUGCUCAAACCGCCACGAUCUGACCUGGAAGUACGGCCUCAACAUGUGCCGCCAGUAUUUCCGUCAGUACACGAAGCACAAAAGGUUUCAUUAA